AUGGCGGCCACCACUGAAUCCGCAGCCGAGGGCGCUGUGACGCUGGCUAUGAUCAAUGAGCUGCAGCAGCAGGUGCUGGACAACAACCCGAUCUACAAGUACCUCCUCUCUGAUCUGGAGAUCAAGAUUGUCAGUCCAGGCUUCAUCGAGGCGCACGUGCCGGUCAGCAAGACAUUGAUGAACAGCAAGAACAUCCUGCACGGCUCUACUUCGGCGACGAUCAUCGACUGGAUCGGAGGCAUUGUGAUCGCAAGCACGUCACCGGACCGCUUCAAGAACCGUGGUGUCUCGGUCGACAUCCACGCCACGUACGUCGGCGCGGCCAAGGAGGGCGACCUGCUCAUUAUCCGCGGCAGGAGCAACAAGGUGGGCCGCAACCUCGCCUUCAUCGACGUUCAGAUCCUCGGGCGCAAGCCCGGUGCGACGGAUGACAAGGACGACCGCGUCGUUUGCUCCGGUACUCACACCAAGUACGUCGGCUAG